AAACGAAUAAUAAGACUCCGUGGCGCAACGGUAGCGCGUCUGACUCCAGAUCAGAAGGUUGCGUGUUCAAAUCACGUCGGGGUCAAGUCAAAAGUUUUGUUUUUUUUUUUGGCAAAAAUAAUUAAAAAACGAGUUUUUCGGGUCAGGCUCGCCUACCCCAUCAUUUUGAGCCAUUUGGUUCCAUUUAAUUGUGCGCGACUGAAGAAAUACAAGAAAUAGUGCUGGGCCCACUGGGCUAACCUAAAAAUUCAUGGUCUCGCCACGUGGAGCGGGUCAAUUCCAACGACCAAAUAAAAGGAAAGGUGAAACCACCCCAGGGGACGAAAGGAGCAAGGCAGUAAAAAUUGGAAAGGUAAAUUUGACGGACCUGAUUGACAGGGAAUACAAAAAACUUUUGAAAGACGAAGGCAGACAGGCGAAGCACAAUGUGCGACCUAACCUAGCAAAUUCGAGGGCGACCAACGAUAACAGACAACAGGAGAAUAAUCCUCCUAUGAUUUUAUCCAAUGACGAAGCCACUCAGGACAACGAGGGAUGGCAGAUUGCACGUAAACGAGGUAGAACAGCAGCAUCGCCGGAACCAAAAGAAACGCCAACCAACAACAGCUUUGAAAUGCUACAAGACAGCGGUUCAGGAGCGACUCAACCAGGUAACGUUGGCUCUGAGGAACCCAGAGAAACAAAAAAGAACAUAACCUUAAGCAUUUUUGUCCACAAAAAGAGUGCACAAAUCAAGGAUCUCAUCAACCUGUUCGAUAACAAUCUCAAUGAACAGAAUGAUUACAGGCUGAGCGCUCCAGGAGAAUCUACAUUUGUGAAGGUAACAACAAGAAACGUAAGCACGUAUCAGAAGCUAAAGCUAACGCUUACUGAUAACGGCCUACAUUUCUUUACACACACACCGAAGCAUUUAAAACCUAAAUCGAUGGUGUUAAAGGGAAUCAACGGCGGUUUCGAUGCUGCCGACAUAGAAGAGGAGAUCAACAGGAAAAAGGAGCCUAGUCUCAUAAUUAAGAAAGUCUUUGCUGCCCGAUUUAACAGCACCAAAGGAAGGCAAAACUUCAUCGUGCAAAUAGACCACAGCAACAAAGUUGCCGAGUUGACGCAAAUCAAAGUAAUUGCGCACCAGAUGCGUAAAGUGCGGUUUAACUCAUCCACCGCAGGAGUGCAAAAUCCCAAAGGAGAGUGAAAAAGGCAGCCUCAGGUGUGCAAAUUGUAACGAAACUGGACACCCGGCGAGCUACAAAGGAUGCGCGUACUAUAAAAAGGCAAUAAACGUGAUCAAGUCAAUGAAAACGACGAAAAAACCCACUGGCAGCAAAACAAGAAAACCAAG